GCUGCUGUUGCUGCCUCUUGGUCCCUGAUAGACCUUGCUGGAGCCGUAGGAGUCGAACAGCUGUCAGGAACCUCAAGCCGAGAGCGGGCCAAGAGCACACGCGAGGCUGCGCAACCGCUGCGAGUCUGCAGUCGAAGAGCACUAAGUGAGAGCGCUGCACACUGUGUCCUGCGGAGCAUGCUGUGGAGCCUGCGCGGAGCCUAAUCUGGAAGAACAGCUCGCGUUGACGCCAUCACACAGCGCUGCGGAAUUCAGCCAGCCAAGACCGGGAGCGCUGAGGACGCCAGGCGUGUUGCGAGGUGCACACGAAUAUCCAAGUCACAGACCGGAGCGACAGACAGGAGCGAUGCCCGGCCUCCCUCUCACCGGUGAAUACGAGCGACCGGAGGCGCCCCGCAUCCUCUACGCGAGCGCCGGCGCCGACCGCUCCGGCGCCGAGGCGACCGAGGCGACGGCGCCGGGCGCCGACGCGGCCAUGGCCUACGCGGCGCGGCGCGCGGCGGCGAAGCCGGGCGCCGGCUGGGCGCUGGGCCCGCCGAGCCGCGUCGACCGGGCGGCGCGGAGCCGCUGGCGCGUCGCGCGGCUGCGGGACGACGGCGUCGUCGUCGCCGUCGUCGCCGACGAGCGGUUCCCGCCGCGCGCGCUGGAGGCUUUCGCGCGGCGCGUUGGCGCGCUCGUGGCGCCCCUGGUGGCUGGUGGGGGCGCGGCGACCGUGCGCGCGCUCGUCGAGCGCGAGCUCGGCCGCGUGAACGCGGAGCGGCGCGGCCUCGCCGCGCCGACGGACGCGGCGGCGGCCUGCGGCGCCUGCGGCGCGGCCAGGUCCGCGCGGACGCGCCUCGUCGCCUGCGCGGCCUGCGGCGACGCCGUCUGCGCGCGGUGCGCGCCGGCCGAGGACGGCGUGCGGGCGUGCGGCGACUGCGCCUGGCAGGCGGAGGCGGGCCGGCGGCUGCUUCGCCUGCGGCCGCCUGCCGCCGCCGGCGCGGCGCGCGCCUUCGCUUUAAGGGCGCUCUUCGACGAGUGCGCGCGCGACGGCGUCUUAGAUGGAGCGGCGUUCCGGGACUUUUGCCGCGCGGCGGCGCGGCACCCGCUCGUCGCCGACGCGCGGGCGUUGGAGCGCGAGGCGGCGUGCGAGGACGCGUUUGAGUUGGACGCGGCGGCGCUCGACGCGGCGUUCGAGGCCCGCGGCGGCCCGCUCGACGUGGAGGGGGCGGCGGCGGCCCUCGCGGCGGCCUGCGCGCCGGCCUGGCCCCGGCCGCCAGACGACGACGAGGACAGCAAGGGCGAGUCGGCCGCCGACGCGCUCGCGCGCUACGCGUCCAUGGCGUCCCAGGCCCUCGGCGGCCUCUUCUCGCCGAAGGCGAAGACCGCGACGAAGACGGGCUGGGCCAGUAUCGGGGGCCGCCGAAAAUGGCUCGCCCUGGACCGGAGCGAGCUGCGGGCGGCCGCGGAUCCAAAUGAAGCGAGCCGGCUCUUGGCGCGCCUCGACCGCGUGCGCCAGGCGCGCCGCGACGCGUCUUUAGAAAUUACGCUGCGCGUGUCCGACGACCAGAGGCGCGGCGCCGACGGCGUCGUCCUCAAGUUCGACACACCAUCAAAGUGCGUCGCGUGGUGGACGGCGCUGAGCCGCGCGCGCCUCGAGGCCCUCGGCGAGCGGGGCUGGCAGUCGGCGCUCUACGAGAGCGUCGCGACCGAGAAGCCGUUCCUCGGCUUUGGGGGCGACAACUCCUCGACGACGGCGCGCGCGACGGACGACUCGCUGCCCGAGAAGGCCCUGAGCAUGGCCGGCCCCGACGCGAAGGCGGCCUACCAGGCCCUGCUCAAGGUCAUCAUCCGGCCGCCGCGCGCGACGUACGACGAGAAGCGGCUCGGGCUGUCCGACUUUUCCGUGUUAAGAGAGUGGCGCGUGCACCGCGAGGACUUUGUGGUCCGGAACGACCGCGGGCUCGAGGUCCGGGCGUCGCUCUGGGCGCCCUCGAAAAAAUCGGACACACCACCGCCGUGCGUCGUCUACGCGCACGGCAACGCGUGCAACCGAUUAGGAGCUUUGAGUCUGCUGCGGCCGCUGUGCGUCGGCGGCGUGGCGCUUUGUGCUUUAGAUUGCGCGGGCUCGGGCAACUCGGGCGGCGAGUUCGUGUCGCUCGGCUUCCACGAGCGCGACGACGUCUUCGCGGUCGUCGACUACUUGCGGCGGCGGGCGCUCGUUUCAAGGGUCGCGCUCUGGGGCCGGUCCGCGGGCGCAUCAGCCUCAAUCCUCUACGCGGCGACGCGGGACCCCGACGUCGCGGGCGUCGUGGCCGACUCGCCCUUUGCUUCCCUGGAGCGGCUCUGCCGCGAGCUCGUGGCCAAGACCGCGGCGACGAGCGGGCACGCGGCGCUGGCCGUCGGCGCGGCCACCGAAGCUGCACUGGCCGUCGUCGGCGCGUCCGUGCGCCACCGCGCGGGCUUCGACCUGGCCAAGGUCGCGCCCGUGGACCACGUCGGCGCGCUGCGCCACUGCGGUACGCCCCUGUUGUUGAUUCACGGCGCGCGCGACGACUUCAUCCACCCGGACCAUUCGCGGGAUUUGCUCGCUGCACACGGCGGCGACGCGGAACUGGUGCUCGUCGACCGCGACCACCAGGCGCCGCGGCCCGCGUCGUGCAUAGCGCGCGCGUGCCUCUUCUGCUACGACCGCCUCUUCGACCAGGUCGACGCGCGGCGCCAGGCCUACGCGCGGCGCCUCGACCAGCUCGCGGCGGACGGCCUCCUCGAGGACGAGGCCGAGUCGUCGGGCAUGACGCGCGACCGCCAGCGGAAUGUGAUUCGGACGGCGCGGCUCGUGCGGGGGCAGCGGGCGGAGGCCUAGUUUCCGCCGUCGCCGGCGCGGGUGGUGUGUAUGUGUCUGUUUACAAAGAAUACUCGUACUCGGUGGGGACCAGAAAGCUCGGAGCGUAUGGUGUAAUGCUGCUGCCGCGCGGUGAUUUUGCAAAUUAAAAAAAUUCUGUUUCCGCUCCGCAUGGGUCCACGGCAUGUCUGGAUAUGUCUAAAGCUCACCUCCUGAGCCGGAGGUUAGUUCGGGCUGGCGGCUGGCUGCGGCACAGCGUGAAGCCCUGCAGCAGCAACGGUGGCCGUGAUCACGCCUGCUGACAAGUAACCAGCCAGUCCACUGCGCGCGCGAGGGUGCUGGGACGUGCUGCGAGCCGUAGCGACGCAGAGACGAGCGAUAACGGCGCUGGGACGGGCAAAACCGAUAACAGUUGUAAGCCCAAAAAAAACGCUGCGCCGCAAACGCGAGUGCCGCCCCACACGCUGAA